UACAUAGCGCUAUAUUGAGUUGGGAUGACAGAUAUCUUAACCUCUGAAGUCUCCAACUUUAACGCUUAGUAACUCGAUUCAUGAGGUUGACCGUCGCGAUUUUCUGCCAGAUUCUUUGGUUUUGAGUGAAAACGCGUCGAAUGAGUAAUUUUGAUUAAGAUUUUAGGUGGGGUAUUUUAAAUAAUUACCUACCAAUACAUCCUUAAAACGGCACGAUAAAAAUUAAUAAAAUUUUUCUGCAUAUUAUUGUUAUAAUUAACAUAGCCUAGAUCUCCUCAGCGCCCACCAGGGGGUGAUAACGUCCACGUUGGGAACCUCAAUAUACAAGCGUGAAAAAGAUGUUACCAACGAUGUCAAAGGAUUCGGAGAUUAAAGAUGGAGAAAACAAGAAUCUGAUUAAGAUCGUAGAACGACCAACAUUUAUAUUGAAGACUAGAGAAGGAGAAAAUAGGGCUGUUUCUCCAAGUCAACGUAAUGGUCACAAAAAAGAUGCUGAUAUGUCUUCAACAGCAUCAAAAAUACAAGAAUCGAUUCGUAUGCUUUCCAUAUGCCCUGAAAUGAGUACAUGCAUCAAAUUCAUGGAUGAAAAUAUGCAACUAUGUGAAAAUUCAAUAGAAUUUUUGUAUGAUCAACAAGACUUUCUAGUCGUUGGGUGUUUAGGUGCACAAGGUGUCGGUAAAUCGACAAUCAUGUCACUGCUAACAUCACAUUACUCAUCUAACAUUUUUCAAGUUCAAGAUUUAUCACAUUAUGAAAGUAGUACAAAUUGUACCACUGGAAUAGAUUUUUUUAUAACUAAAAAUAGAGUAAUAUAUUUGGAUACACAACCAAUUCUUUCUGGAUUUGUGAUUGACUCUGCUGCAUCCUUUGAUCAGAAAAAAGGUGCACCUGAUUUUAUGAAUAGUGAUUCCAAUUUGGAAUUACAAUCACUUCAGUUUGCAGCAUUCCUAUUUUCAGUGUGUCAUGUUAUUAUAUUUGUACAAGAUUGGUUUGUCGAUCCAAAUUUAGUGAGAUUUUUGCAAACUGCAGAAAUGUUAAAACCGUCCUCAACAACAGUCAUAGACCAAGAUUAUGUAGAAUAUUAUCCACAUGUUAUAUUUUUGCAUAAUAAAGCAGAGUUGCAAGAUUUUAUGCCAGCUACUAUUGAUGAAAUGAAGGAUUUUUAUAAUAAAGUAUUUUCUAGUUCUCGAUUGCAAACUCAUAGCGGUAUAGAUAUGAAUCAUUGUUCGACAGAAAGUGGUUUAAAUUUAUUUUUGAUACCUUCGAGAAAUAAACAAGAAGAUAUGAUUUUUUGUGAAAAUGAAGAAUUUCUUAUAGAUAAACUGCGAACAAAGAUAUAUGGAGUUCCUAGGAAUUCAAUUACACCUUCUGUGUUAACAGAAAAAAAUUGGUAUCAUUACGUUUCAAAAGUCAUAGAAGUUAUAAAGAAAAGCCAUCUGUCUUCUGAAUAUGGAAGAUUAAUGCCUUAAAUCUAAAAGUUUAUAUGAAAGGAUAUAAAAAUAAAUGAAAUAUAUAAUUAAUCUACUUUAUUUAUCAUUUUUAUAUAUUAUAAUUUUAAAUUAAGAAAUGUAAAAGUAUUUAGUAUACACUAUUGUAAAAUAUGCUGUAGAAUUAAAUUAUUAAAAACGAUUU